AGGACACAUCGAUCAUCUAGUACGGAAAGCUAACUUAACCCCCCUCUAUCUCUCUUCGGCUUUAGUUAUUUAUAGACCCCCCACUACUCCCUUUACUUUCUAUGCAUGUUAUAACUCUCCAACUCAAACUCCCUUAAUUCACUUCACUUCUCCAUUUCUUCCUUUCUUCUUUCUUCUACUCUCUUUGCUUUCAACAACCCUUUCUUUCUAACUCUCUAGAAUCUAGAUUUGCAUGGAUGGAUCCUUCUAACUCACACCAACACCAGCAGGGAAUGGCAACCCACACUCCUGCAUUUGAAGAUGUACUAAACUGUCCAUCAGCAAAGGAACUACAAGAACGGCAGAAGAGAUCACUGAUGAACAGACCACAACCAGAAGCCUUAAAAUGCCCAAGAUGUGAUUCUUCAAACACCAAAUUCUGUUACUACAACAAUUACAGUUUAACACAACCAAGGUAUUUCUGCAAAGCAUGUAGAAGGUACUGGACAAAAGGAGGAUCAUUAAGAAAUGUUCCAGUAGGUGGAGGAUGUAGAAAGAAUAACAAAAGAAUCUCUUCUUGUUCAUCAUCUUCAGCGACGUCUAAAGCUAAGUCAUCACCUUCGUCAUCAAUAUCAUCUCAUCAUCAUCAUCAUCAAGAUAAUAACAAUAACCAAAUUUAUCUCAAUACCAACUCUAUUAUCAACCCAUUACUUACUUUCCCAUCAUCUCUAAGUUAUGACACUAAUGACCUCACUCUUGCUUUUGGUAGACUUCAUAAACAACAACCCACUACUACUAGGCAGUUAGGGUUUGAUCAUGAACAUCAUCAAACCAGUUAUGGAAACACAAAUAGUAUUAUUGGAAACCUUAUUAACUCAUCAUCCAAUUCUAGUAAUACUGCUAAUCCUGGUUUUAUUGAUGCAUUGAGGAGUGGGUUUCUUGAUCCUUCAAGUGGGUUUCAUAAUUUUUAUUCUAGUUAUGGAAAUGGAAUCAGUAUGGGAGAUCAUCAUCAACAACACCAGCAACAACAGCAAGUUGAGAGUAAUAAUAAUAAUAAUAAUAAUAAUGGUGGAAGUAUUAUUAAUGGUAAUUGUCAUGAAGAAGAUGAUGAUCAACAUCACAGGGAUGAGCAAGUGGUUUUACCAAAUUAUGAUCAAGUGGAAAUGGGUUUAACAAGUACAACAUCAUCAACUAUAACAACAGCAACAAAACAAGAGAUGUUAAAAGAUAAUGAAACCAAGAUUUUAUGGAACUUUCCAUGGCAUGGGCAGUUUGGUGGUGAACAAGGCAACCACCACCACCACAACAACAACAGCAUCCAUAACAAUAUCAUGGGUAAUGUUAUUGAUACAUCAUCAGGAGUAAGAGACUGGAAUGGAUUAAAUGGAUGGCAUGGACUUGUUAAUAGUCCUUUGAUGUAGAGAGGGGGUGAUCACACAACGAGAAGUUAAGAGAUCUAUAGAGAAAAUUUCCUUUUUAAGUUAAAAACCAGGACUCUGCUACUAAAUUUGGGUCUUCUUUCUUUGUAUUUGGAGUGUUUUUUCAUUAUUAUUAACUUUAUUACUUAAUUAAUCAAUUGUCUUUUCUUUUCUUCUUCUUCCUGUCAUUGUUGUUGUUCUUGUGUUAUUGAUUGAAACACGCACUAAAGAAUUUUUGUUAAAUUC